AUGGCCUACAGUGGCGUGGCGACUUUGACCCCAAAUGGAGUUCCUGCUCGCAGUCGGAAGCCAGUUGGUGCUCUGGGCUCUACCGGACGCCGCAUGGCACGCCCGAGCGACGAAUCUUCGCCAACAGGCAGGCCCAACGGAAGCCCUUUCAGCCGGCAAAGCCGGCAGGCUUUGGCACUGUCAGCUUUGCAGAG